AUGAAACUGCGAGAAUAUUUUAUUUCCGAACUAACAAACGUAAUUUUUGUUCCAGAUCCGCCAGAAAUUAAAGUUAAGCCCAGAAAUCUACAAGUCAAAGCUGGUGGUAUUGCAGCCUUUUACUGUGCAGCUCAAGGCGAUCCUACACCUGUUAUUCAAUGGAAGAAGAACGGCAAAAAAGUCUCAAUAAAAGAGUUUCCUGAUGGUGCCUCUCUGCUUAGGAUAGAACCAGUCAAAGCAGGAAGAGACGAUGCAAAUUAUGAAUGUGUCGCAGAAAAUGGGGUAGGCGAUGCUGUCAGUUCUGAAGCUACGCUUGUCGUAUUCGAAGAAUGUUUGGAAUGUUUGGAAUGUUUUGAAUGUUUUGAAUGUUUUGAAUGUUUUGAAUGUUUUGAAUGUUUGGAAUGUUUGGAAUGUUUGGAAUGUUUGGAAUGUUUGGAAUGUUUGGAAUGUUUGGAAUGUUUGGAAUGUUUGGAAUGUUUGGAAUGUUUGGAAUGUUUGGAAUGUUUGGAAUGUUUGAAAUGGUUGGAAUGUUUGGAAUGUUUGAAAUGUUUGGAAUGUUUGGAAUGGUUGGAAUGUUUGGAAUGUUUGAAAUGUUUGAAAUGUUUGGAAUGUUUGGAAUGUUUGGAAUGUUUGGAAUAUCCUUCGGGAGAGCGCCUUGAAAAAACGUCCUCUUGGAAUAUUGUAAUGUUUGCAGACGGCUCUUUACAGUAUACUUGUGGAGGCUGA